GAGGAGAGCGGCUGCCUCAGGAGGACCCCUUUCCCCCCAGAAAUUACUCAAUGCUGAAACCUUUCAAAGUGAUAUUCAAGGCAUUGGAAGCACCAUGGAUGGGUUUUAUGAUCAGCAAGUCCCUUUUAUGGUCCCAGGGAAAUCUCGCUCAGAGGAAUGUAGAGGGCGGCCUGUGAUUGACAGAAAGAGGAAGUUUUUGGACACAGAUCUGGCCCAUGAUUCUGAAGAGUUGUUUCAGGAUCUCAGUCAACUUCAAGAGGCUUGGUUAGCUGAAGCACAAGUUCCUGAUGAUGAACAGUUUGUCCCAGAUUUCCAGUCUGAUAACUUGGUGCUUCAUGCCCCACCUCCAACCAAGAUCAAACGGGAGCUGCACAGCCCCUCCUCCGAGCUGUCAUCCUGCAGCCACGAGCAGGCUCUCGGUGCUAACUAUGGAGAAAAGUGCCUCUACAGCUAUUGUGCCUAUGAUAGGAAGCCUCCCUCUGGGUUCAAGCCAUUAACCCCUCCCCCCCCCCCCCCGCCCCCCACCCAUCAGAACUCCCUAUUCCCCCCACCCCAGGCAACUCUGCCCACCUCUGCACACGCCCCUGCAGCUGGCCCGGUCCCAGGUGUGGGCCCCGCCCCCGCCCCUCACUCGCUUCCUGAACCUGGACCACAGCAGCAAACCUUUGCGGUCCCCCGGCCACCACAUCAGCCCCUGCAGAUGCCAAAGAUGAUGCCUGAAAACCAGUAUCCAUCAGAACAGAGAUUUCAGAGACAACUGUCAGAACCCUGCCACCCCUUCCCUCCUCAGUCGGGAGUUCCUGGAGAUAAUCGCCCCAAUUACCACCGGCAAAUGUCAGAACCGAUUGUCCCUGCAGCUCCCCCGCCCCCUCAGGGAUUCAAACAAGAAUACCAUGAUCCACUCUAUGAACAUGGGGUCCCAGGCAUGCCAGGCCCCCCGGCACAUGGGUUCCAGUCACCAAUGGGAAUCAAGCAGGAGCCCCGGGAUUACUGCGUUGAUUCAGAAGUGCCUAACUGCCAGUCGUCCUAUAUCAGAGGGGGGUAUUUCUCCAGCAGCCAUGAAGGUUUUUCAUAUGAAAAAGAUCCCCGGUUGUACUUUGACGACACUUGUGUCGUUCCUGAGAGACUGGAAGGCAAAGUCAAACAAGAGCCCACCAUGUAUCGGGAGGGGCCUCCUUACCAGAGGCGAGGUUCUCUUCAGCUGUGGCAGUUCCUGGUUACCCUGCUUGAUGACCCAGCCAAUGCCCACUUUAUUGCCUGGACGGGCCGUGGCAUGGAAUUUAAGCUGAUAGAACCUGAGGAGGUUGCUCGGCGUUGGGGCAUCCAAAAGAACCGGCCAGCCAUGAACUAUGACAAGCUCAGCCGUUCUCUACGCUAUUACUACGAAAAGGGCAUCAUGCAGAAGGUGGCUGGGGAGCGAUACGUCUAUAAAUUUGUCUGUGACCCAGAUGCCCUUUUCUCCAUGGCCUUCCCUGACAACCAGCGUCCGUUCCUGAAAGCAGAGUCCGAGUGUCACCUCAGCGAGGAGGAUACCCUGCCGCUGACCCACUUUGAAGACAACCCGGCUUACCUCCUGGACAUGGAUCGCUGCAGCAGCCUCCCCUACGCCGAGGGCUUUGCUUACUAAGUUUCUGAGUGGCUGAGCGGCCGAACCCUAGAGCUAGCAGUUCCCAUUCAGGCAAACGAGGGCAGUGGUUUUGUUUGUGUUUUUGGCUGUUCCUAAAGCUUGCCCUUUGAGUAUUAUCUGGAGAACCCAAGCUGUCUCUGGAUUGGCACCCUUAAAGACAGAUACCUUGGCUGGGGAGUGGGAACAGGGCAGGGGCGGAAAAGCCAUCAAAAGGCUGGUGCCUCAGCUCUGAUCCUGACAAGGUUUCUGGGAAGAGAUUGCAAUGGAGCCUCCUUCCCAUGGACAAUAUAUGCAAAGCAAUACCUUGUUCAGGUUAGUGCCCACAAACCAGGGCAAGAGUGUGUGACAAUCUGCAUUGAUCAUGGACUACUAAAUGCCUUUACAUAGAAGGGCUCUGAUUUGCACAAUUUAUUGAAAAAGAAAUGACAAACGCAUAGAACGGUCGGCUAAGAAGCUGGGGAGGCUCAACCCGCAAAGGGUUAAAAGUAGAUCUUAAAAUUCGGAGAGUUCUUCUAGCUCAAGCUGAAAUGUUUUCCCCCUUGGUCUAGAAAGAAGGGGGGAAAGUCAGAACAGCUGUUACCCACUCCAUGGUUCUCAAAUAAUAAACCGUUGCUACUCUUGGGAACCUUCUAGCCAUGUGGUCACCGAGUAGAACAAGCCCCCUUUCUCUUCCCAGUCACACGGCUGUGUGUGGAUGGCUUUCAUUUUAGAAGGAUGAUUUACACUUUUGACAGUAUUUUGUUUUGCUUUGAUUCGGGGGAAUCAUUUUGUUUUGGUGGUUGUUUUGGAAAAACAGUUUAUAAACUGAUUUUUGUAGUUUUGGUAUUUAAAGCAAAAAAAAAAACAAACCUUUUGGUAACUGUGCACUGCGUCCUUAGCAGGGCGGUGCUGACUGAUGAAGACGCUGCAGCUUGAAAGGGGCUUUGCUGGGGGCACCCCCUUAGCCGCGCACAAGCCCACUCUAUUGCCUGCUUUGUGCUUUCUGCACCAGACAGCCUGACGGAACAUUUGCACCUGAGUUGUACAUUUUUGAGGUGUGCAGGGCAGCCCGGACACACCGCUUAGAUUCUAUGUGUAUAGUUCCCCGUGUCCUCUAACACGCCCUCUCUGGAAAGCAUAUGUACAUAAUACGCGUCAUGUCCAUUUGACACCUGGCCACCCGGUGGGAACCCUGGGGGUGUCUCCCCGGGCAUGACCGAUGACAACUUCCAUUUCAUCAGUUUGUUUUCUUUUCUUUUUUUUUUUUUUCUUUAAUCCUUGGACUUUAAACCUUGCAUAUGAUUCAAUAGGGUUUGAGAUGUACGUGUGACACUGACAGGUAAAAAAACAGUGCUAGCAUUUUAGUUUCCCACCACCUUAAAAAAAAAGAAAAAGAAAAAGGUUUACUCCGGUUGCUGUAUGAUAUUGGAAAAGUUUUCCACCACCCAGCUAAAGCGAAGUGCAAGUCGGCCUCAGAGUAGAGGAGAAGUUCCUAGGAAGUGGUAGUGUCUUGCUGCCUGCUCCGCUGAUAGGAUCCCGCGCCCCCCGCGGCACUUAGCGCGCUGAGAAUGACCGCUGGGCUGCGUCCGCGCCACGCAGUGCUGACCCGGUGAGGGGAAGAAACAUGCUUUGAGUUGUUUGCCUCUGACUGGGGCGCGCGCCCGUCUCCGCCAGUCCGCCUUCUGACCAGCAGCAGCACGUUUGCGAAGAGGUUCAUAGGGAGAAGGGGUGCGUUUUAUAGCUAUGAACACAUGAGGUUUUCCUCUAUUGGAAGCUAAUUAGCCCGCCAAGGUGUUAAACCUCUAGCUUGGGCCUUAAUUAGCAUUGUACUCUAAUCAAAGGACUCUUUCCCAACCAUAUUUAUAGCUCUCUAACCUACACAUAGUCUAUAUAUAGAUGCAUAUUUUACCCCCAGCUGGCUAGAGAUUUAUUUGUUGUAAAUGCUGUAUAGGAUUUUGUUUUGUUGGGUUUUUUUUUUGUUGUUGUUGUUGUUGUUUUCUUUCUUAUCCUGGUUUGGGUUUCCUUUUUUUGAUGGAUUUAUGCUGUCUUAGCAAGUAUGAAAAUAACCCUCUGUAGCCUGAGCCCCCCCCCCCCCCGCUGUAACUAUGGGGCCUGUACUGUCGCGGGACACAGGAUGGCGCAUCACUGUUGCAUCCCCAUUAGACUCAUGCACCUCCCGGAUGGUUUUGGUUUUUUAUUUGUUUUGUUUUGUUUUUGCUUCUUUUCCAGAGUGUGGAAAGUCUACAGUGCAGAAAGGCUUUAACCUGCCAGUUGAUUUGAAAUACUUUACCCUGCGCAGGGCCGUAUGCAUCCUGCCAAGCUGCGUUAUAUUCUGUACUGUGUACAAUAAAGAAGUUUGCUUUCAGUUUA